UGACAAGCAAGGAGGCCAGACGACCGGUAGGCUGGACUGCAAGCUGGCAUACGCGAAGGAGGCCAGACGGUACUGGCACCCCACUGACCCGGGCACGAGAUCACGUGCCGCAGUGGCGUAUGGCACGAUCAUCACGGGCCCUGAUCCAUACAGUGCAAUCAUGCACCGCGUACCGGCACAAGGCAGAGGCGGACAGAUAUUUUGGUACCUACACACUUCGGCCAUUUUUCCCUUCCCAGACGUUGUGGUCUUUAGCAGUCCGGACAUGCUGCUUGCUCCUGUUCGUGAUGGAUAGAUCGACGGCGCCUGAUGCGUCCGUACAAGUGGCUGCGGUGAGAACGUCGGGGUCGCAGUUACACUGCGCAUGCGUCAUCAACACACACACGAGCUGCUCAGAGGCGGAAGCAUUCAUUCCAACCUUAGUGGAAGAACUCGUCAGAGGAGGGUGUGUGCAAGACUGUAGCCGAAAGGAAGAAUGCCAGAAAGCCUACUUCUCCUUCCUCGCUGUCAUCGAGGAAUGCAUCCAUAAGCUAUCUGCCCGCCCAGACGUCGCCAGCAUCAAGUACACCUAUGCCUCCACAUGCCAGGCAUGCACAUUGAACGUCAUUCCUCAUUGCAAGCCACUGCCGCAACUGGUUUCCAAGGAAGUGCCAUUCAAUGGUCAAUCCACCACAGCGCUUCGCUCAGGAACAAAGACAGGACUGGCAUUGGACACAGGGCAGCCUCUACUUCAGGCAAUGGUGGAUGAAGAAGUCGCUGCAUUGUCAUCUUUGGCAGAUUCCGCUCCUUUACAAGGAAAAGGACGAGGAAGGGGGGGGUACGCAAGGGGCUCGUCAAAAUCGUCAAUCCGCUCGGCUUUGGAGACACCACUACCGGUAGGGAGCACGUCUGCAGCAAAGAGGGAUGAGCUUCGGCAGGCAUCUUCCCAUGUGGCUUCUGUGAGUGAUUUGCACGGAGCGAAUAUGUCUCUCUGCCCUACUCGUUUUGUUCCCUCCUCACACUCAGAGACUCACCCUCCUCCUCUGCCUCCUCCGCGGCGUGCUGUCUUCGUAUCCGCUUACCAAGAACCCAGACCGUUCUUUAGCAGCACGGGCAGCUCCGUGCGGACAAAAGCUUGGGGAUCGGUGCAAGCAUUCCAGCAGCCGGAAUCCGAUGCCGGCGGUCGACGGGUGCUCAUAUCGCCGAUGUCGUUGAUGAGCGCCUUUCCCGAGAUCAUGGCAUUGUCCCAGCCAUCUCAGAGGAGAGAAAAAAAAAAAGAAGCAGACGAAGAAGCAGUGUCUUUCAGGAUUGAUACCAUGGAGAAGACGACGACGAUGAACAACAACAGGAGGAAGUCCAACAACAACGACGUUCCUAGUCAAAGCCACCGAGUACCGGAGAUGCAUCUGCCUCGAUCUCUCGCUGCGAGUGGCAAAGCCAGAUCCAGAUCAGAAAGGAGAAGCUUCAGAAUGGUGCCAAAUGGCAAACAACAGCAAGGGCAUGUGCUAAGGGGCAGUCCGCAAUCCAUUGCUAUGACUACGCUCACACCCACUACAUCCUCCACCCAUCCUGUGGUGCUGCGAGGUCCUCCCAAAUCUCUUCCCACUGCCCUUGAAUUCUGGAAAGGCCUCAGUCCUGGAAACGAAACCGGGUCGAUUGACACCUCGUCCGCCUCCUCCCCGUUUCCAUUUUCGUCCUCCUCUCUGGAGAUGCUGGGAUCUCUUCCGGAAUCAGCGGUACCUGGAGAGGGCACAGCCAACCGAACGUCCUUCCUCUCCUCGGCGGGACUUGAAGUCGACGUCGGAAUCGGAGUCCAUGGCCUCCAGCAGCAGGUCACCUCCUGCAUCCUCGCCCAAUUCCAAAAGCAACAGAACGCGAAGGACAAUGCCGCCAUCGCGUUCAGCUCCACCGUCCUCUGAGCCCUAUUCUGCUGCCCUGUCUUCCUCCAGGUCUGCUGAAUUUCCACCUCCAUCUGCUUCUCAGUCGCUCUCGACAUCUGUUGCUCAGAGCU